CUCUCUCUCUCUCUCUCUCUCUCUCUCUCUCUCUCUCUCUCUCUAUAGUUCAUAGCCAAUUUCCUCCGCUCACUUUCUUCUUCGUUUUCAUACUCGACUUCGGGGAUUUUUCUCCUUUUCCGCUGUUUUUUUUCGAUUCGAUCUGUUCUUAGCUUCUUCAAUUGGUGUUGAGGACUUGGCACAUCGGAAUCGCCACGCUUUGACCUCCUGAUCCAGAUUCUAUUAGCCGUCUGUGGACCUAGCAUCGGUGAUGCUAAAGAUAUAAAGGGAAUCAAAGGGUUCUCUUUAGUGGAAAAAUGUUGGAGGGUGGUCAAAAAUUCCCUGGAAUGAUCGAUUUAAACGAGCAUGCAUAUGAUCUAUCACAAGGGUUUUACCAUAAACUUGGUGAGGGAACCAAUAUGUCUAUUGACAGCUUUGCAAGCUUGCAAACGAGCAAUGAUGGAGGCUCAGUUGCCAUGUCUUUAGAUAACAGCAGUGUUGGAUCGAAUGAGUCUCAUACUCGGAUCUUAAAUCACCAAGGGUUGCGGCGGCGUGCAAAUGAUAACCAUACUUUUCAACAUAGUGUUAACCAUCGUGGAAGAGUUAGACAUCACCUGAGUGAUGAUGCACUAGCCCGAGCUUUAUUUGAUAGUAAUACACCCACCCAGGGUCUUGAAAAUUUUGAGAAGUGGACUCUUGAUUUAAGGAAACUUAAUAUGGGGGAGGCUUUUGCUCAAGGUGCCUUUGGAAAACUCUACAGAGGUACUUAUGAUGGCGAAGAUGUCGCUAUCAAGAUCUUGGAGAGGCCAGAGAAUGACGUAGAGAAGGCUCAGUUAAUGGAACAGCAAUAUCAGCAGGAGGUGAUGAUGCUUGCUACUCUGAAGCACCCAAAUAUUGUCCGGUUUAUUGGAUCAUGCCAUAAGCCAAUGGUUUGGUGCAUUGUUACUGAAUAUGCAAAGGGUGGUUCAGUUAGGCAGUUCUUGAUGAAGCGACAAAGUCGCUCUGUCCCAUUGAAAUUAGCUGUCAAACAAGCUUUGGAUGUUGCCAGGGGGAUGGAAUAUGUUCAUGGCCUUGGGUUGAUUCACAGGGACUUGAAAUCAGAUAACCUUUUGAUUUUUGCAGACAAGUCUAUCAAAGUUGCUGACUUUGGAGUGGCUCGGAUUGAGGUGCAGACAGAGGGCAUGACACCUGAGACUGGAACCUACCGCUGGAUGGCUCCGGAGAUGAUCCAACACAGGCCUUACACCCAAAAGGUGGACUUGUAUAGCUUUGGUAUCGUUCUGUGGGAGCUCAUUACUGGAAUGCUUCCAUUCCAGAACAUGACAGCCGUUCAGGCUGCUUUUGCAGUUGUUAACAAGGGAGUUCGUCCUAUCAUUCCCAAUGAUUGCUUGCCUGUUUUGAGCGACAUCAUGACCCGGUGCUGGGAUGCCAACCCUGAUGUUAGGCCAUCAUUUUCCGAGGUCGUUCGAAUGCUAGAGAAUGCACAGACUGAGAUCAUGACAACUGUCCGUAAAGCUCGUUUCAGGUGUUGCAUUAUGCAGCCGAUGACAACAGACUGAUAUUAAGUUACAGAAAAAAAAAAGAAAAAAAAAAAGAACUGAACACAUUGAAAAUGUGAAGGCCAAUAAGGAAAAAGAGAGACAUAUGAAGAAGAAACUGGAAAAAGAAGAGGCAGAUGCAAAUAGAAGGUAAUUUGUUGGUGUGCUUAUCUUUGUGUAUUUAUCCUAUCAGAUUUUUAAUUUCUUUUCAGACAUAUAGAAAGGAAAAAAAAAAAAAAAAAAAACAAAAAACAAAAAAAGUUAUGAUGAUGAAACCUUUGAACCUUCUAAGUUUUGAGUUUCCUAUUUUACUGCAUUCCUGUUGGCGACUUAACCAUUAAAGAGGAGAUUUGACGUGUAUGUAUACCAUUUUACUUGCUCUAUGUUAAAUUCACUGGAAAUGUUAAAACCUUAA